AUGGAUAUAGAUCUGUUGCUCUUACUAUGCGUCCUAUUCGUCGUCGUGGUCUACAUUGAAGCGGAAGCUAGUAAUGAAGAGGGUGACGCCGAGACUUAUGAACGUAACGCGUCUCCAUACUAUAAGAGGGCUUCUACCAUUGCGAAAGAGACGCCUCAUCUUAUAAACGUGACACAGAGGAAACCUUAUACAACCAUUAUAGGAGAUAUUGCUAAUUAG